UAUUCAUCAUCUCUCUCAUUCUCUCUCUCUAAAAAGAAAAAAUGGGAAUUUGCAGUUCAUGUGAUUCAACAGCCGUUGCUACAGCCAAACUUAUUUUACCCGACGGUAGCCUACAAGAAUUCUCGUACCCGGUUAAGGUUUCAUAUGUUUUACAAAAACAUCCUUCUACUUUUAUUUGUAAUUCUGAUGAGAUGGAGUUUGACGACGUCGUUUCCGCUGUGAAUGAAGAAGAGGUGCUUCAGCUUGGGCAGCUGUAUUUUGCGCUGCCGGUGAGCCGGUUGAGGCGGCGGCUCAAGCCGGAGGAGAUGGCGGCAUUGGCCGUGAAGGCCAGCUCAGCAUUGGCGAAAAGUGGUGGUGAUAAAUGUUUGUAUUUUACACCGGCUUGUUCGAGUAAUGCAAAGAGUUCGGGUCGGGUUUCGGAUGUGGGGAGUGUCGGAUCUAGAGGGAGGAGUGGUGGUAGGAGACGUAACUUUACGGCAAUGUUGAGUGCCAUACCUGAAUAGAGUUGUGAUAACCGAUUUAAAGAUGUUAAUACGUUUGUAAAUAGUGUAUUAGGUUGAAAAUAGCUUUUUAUUUUGGGGGAUUUUCCAAUUUUUACCCAUGAAAUGAGUUCAGAGUUUUUAAUUAGAGAUAUCCAUGUUCAUGCA